GUCUGAGGGGGUUGUGAGGAGGGGCGGAGCCUCGCGUGGCGGACUGAGGAGAAGCCAGGCGGAGUGUGGGGGGAGAGAAAGAGAGAGAGAGAGCCCUUCGAACCGACCCGACUCUGAGCUGCUUCAUCAUGUUGUCGUCCUUUCGCAAAGUCAGAGCCCAGAGAAUGGAUCCUACCGGCGUAAAAGUGCUGGAAACAGCCGAGGACAUCCAAGAGAGACGUCAACAGGUUUUGGAUCGGUAUCACCGGUUUAAGGAGCUCUCCACAUUGAGGCGCCAGAAGCUUGAAGAUUCCUACAGAUUCCAGUUCUUUCAGCGGGAUGCAGAUGAGCUGGAGAAAUGGAUCCAGGAGAAGCUGCAGAUCGCCUCCGAUGAAAACUAUAAAGACCCUUCGAACCUGCAGGGGAAGCUGCAAAAGCACCAAGCUUUUGAAGCUGAAGUACAGGCCAAUUCCGGAGCCAUCGUUAAGCUGGACGAGACAGGGAACCUGAUGAUCAACGAGGGACAUUUUGCCGUGGAAGUCAUCAGGAGUCGACUGCAGGAGCUUCACCGGAUGUGGGAACUGCUUCUGGAGAAGAUGCGAGAGAAAGGGGUCAGGCUGUUCCAUGCCCAGAAGUUGGUGCAAUACUUACGAGAAUGCGGAGAUGUGUUGGAUUGGAUCAAUGACAAGGAGGCCAUUGUAACCUCGGAGGAGCUGGGCCAGGACCUCGAGCACGUGGAGGUGUUGCAGAAGAAGUUCGAAGAGUUCCAGACGGACUUGGCCGCCCACGAGGAGAGGGUGAACGAAGUCAACCAGUUUGCCAGCAAGUUGAUUCAGGAACAGCACCCGGAAGAGGAGCUGAUUAAGUCCAAGCAGGAUGAAGUCAACACAAGCUGGCAGCGGCUGAAAGGACUGGCCCUUCAGAGGCAGGGCAAGCUCUUCGGAGCCGCUGAGGUGCAGCGUUUUAACAGAGAUGUGGACGAAACGAUAAGUUGGAUUAAGGAGAAAGAGCAGCUGAUGGCUUCGGAUGAUUUCGGAAGGGACCUUGCGAGCGUGCAGGCUUUGUUACGCAAACAUGAGGGCUUGGAGAGAGACCUGGCCGCUUUGGAAGACAAGGUGAAGGCUCUGUGCGCAGAGGCUGACCGACUGCAGGAGUCCCACCCUCUCAACGCUUCUCAGAUCCACGUGAAGCGAGAGGAACUGAUUGCAAACUGGGAGCAGAUUCGCACCCGGGCUGCUGAGAGACACGCACGUCUGAACGACUCCUACCGACUGCAGCGAUUCCUGGCCGAUUUUCGGGAUUUAACCAGCUGGGUGACUGAAAUGAAAGCGCUAAUUAAUGCUGACGAGCUUGCCAACGAUGUAGCGGGAGCGGAGGCCCUGCUGGAUAGACACCAGGAACAUAAGGGAGAAAUCGACGCUCACGAAGACAGCUUUAAAUCCGCGGACGACUCUGGACAAGCCCUGCUUGCUGCCGGACAUUAUGCGUCUGAUGAAGUGAAGGAAAAGCUGACCAUCCUCUCCGAGGAAAGAACAGCCCUGCUGGAACUCUGGGAGCUUCGUCGGCAGCAGUACGAGCAAUGCAUGGACCUGCAGCUUUUCUACCGGGACACCGAGCAGGUGGACAAUUGGAUGAGCAAACAAGAGGCCUUCUUGCUCAAUGAAGAUCUUGGGGACUCUUUGGACAGCGUGGAGGCCCUGCUGAAGAAGCACGAAGAUUUUGAGAAGUCACUUAGCGCCCAAGAAGAGAAAAUCACGGCCCUGGAUGAAUUUGCAACAAAACUGAUUCAGAAUAACCACUAUGCCAAGGAAGACGUGGCCACCCGCAGAGAUGCUCUGCUGAGCCGUCGCAACACCUUGCACGAACGGGCCAUGCUGCGUCGAACACAGCUAGCCGACUCCUUCCACCUGCAGCAGUUUUUCAGAGACUCAGAUGAGCUGAAAAGCUGGAUCAAUGAAAAGAUGAAAACUGCAACGGAUGAGGCUUACAAGGACCCGUCCAACCUACAAGGGAAGGUCCAGAAACACCAGGCGUUUGAAGCCGAGCUCUCGGCCAACCAGAGUCGCAUCGAUGCCCUCGAGAAAGCCGGGCAGAACCUGAUGGACGUGAAACAUUACGCCUCAGACGAAGUGGCCGUUCGCAUGAACGAAGUCCUCAGCUUGUGGAAAAAACUGCUGGAAGCUACUGAGCUGAAAGGGAUCAAAUUGUGCGAAGCCAACCAGCAGCAGCAAUUCAACCGCAAUGUGGAGGACAUUGAGCUGUGGCUGUACGAAGUGGAAGGCCACCUGGCUUCUGACGAUUACGGCAAAGACCUAACUAAUGUUCAGAAUCUGCAGAAGAAACAUGCCCUGCUGGAGGCAGACGUAGCUGCCCACCAGGACCGCAUCGACGGCAUCACCAUCCAGGCUCGCCAAUUUCAAGAGGCCGGGCACUUUGACGCGGACAACAUCAAGAAGAAGCAGGAGGCUUUGGUGGCCCGCUACGAAGCCCUGAAGGAACCGAUGGUGUCCCGCAAGCAGAAACUGGCGGACUCCCUCCGCCUUCAGCAGCUCUUCCGCGACGUCGAAGACGAAGAAACCUGGAUCCGAGAGAAGGAGCCGAUCGCAGCAUCGACCAACCGAGGCAAAGACCUCAUUGGGGUCCAGAACCUGCUGAAAAAACACCAAGCGUUGCAAGCGGAGAUCGCUGGCCACGAACCCCGCAUUAAAGCGGUCACCCAGAAAGGAAAUUCCAUGAUAGACGAAGGGCAUUUUGCCGCGGAAGACGUGAAAGUCAAACUGAACGACCUCAACCAGAAGUGGGAAACCUUGAAAGGGAAGGCUUCUCAGCGCCGUCAAGAUUUGGAAGACUCUCUGCAGGCCCAACAGUACUUCGCCGACGCCAACGAGGCCGAGUCUUGGAUGAGGGAGAAGGAGCCCAUCGUGGGGAGCACGGACUACGGAAAGGACGAGGACUCCGCCGAGGCUCUUCUCAAGAAGCACGAAGCUCUGAUGUCCGAUCUCUCCGCCUACGGCAGUAGCAUUCAAGCCCUGAAGGAGCAGGCCCAGGCCUGUCGGCAACAAGUGGCCCCUACAGAUGACGAAACGGGCAAAGAGCUGGUCUUGGCCCUCUACGACUACCAGGAGAAGAGCCCACGCGAGGUCACCAUGAAGAAGGGGGACAUUUUGACUCUCCUGAACAGCACCAACAAGGAUUGGUGGAAAGUGGAAGUGAACGACCGUCAGGGAUUCGUGCCGGCGGCUUACGUGAAGAAGCUGGACCCGGCGCAGUCCACCUCCCGCGAAAACCUCUUAGAGGAACAGGGCAGCAUCGCUUUGCGCCAAGAACAGAUCGACCACCAGACUUUCCUUACUAAGGAGAUCGGCAGUGUAUCUCUGCGUAUGAAACAGGUGGAAGAACUGUACCACUCCCUCCUGGAACUGGGAGAGAAACGUAAAGACAUGCUGGAGAAAAGCUGUAAGAAAUUCAUGCUCUUCCGGGAGGCCAACGAGCUGCAGCAGUGGAUCCACGAGAAGGAGGCCACCCUGGCCAACGAGGAGAUGGGGGCCGACCUCGAACAGGUGGAGGUGCUGCAGAAGAAGUUUGACGACUUCCAGAAGGAUCUGAAAGCAAACGAGUCCCGUCUGAAGGACAUCAACAAGGUGGCAAACGACUUGGAGUCGGAAGGUCUCAUAGCUGAAGAGGUUCAAGCAGUGCAACAGCAGGAAGUCUAUGGAAUGAUGCCACGGGAUGAAGCAGAUUCCAAGACCGCUUCUCCAUGGAAGUCUGCACGAAUGAUGGUACACACUGUAGCAACAUUCAACUCCAUCAAGGAGCUGAACGAACGCUGGCGAUCUCUACAACAGCUGGCUGAAGAGAGAAGCCAGCUGUUGGGAAGCGCCCAUGAGGUCCAGCGGUUCCACAGAGAUGCUGACGAGACCAAGGAAUGGAUUGAAGAAAAGAAUCAGGCGCUCAACACCGACAAUUACGGGCAUGACCUGGCGAGCGUGCAGGCCCUUCAACGCAAGCAUGAGGGCUUCGAGAGAGACCUGGCAGCCCUUGGGGACAAGGUCAAUUCUCUGGGAGAAACGGCAGAGCGGCUGAUCCAGUCCCACCCCGAAUCAUCGGAAGAUCUCCAGGAAAAAUGCACAGAACUGAACCAGGCUUGGAACAGUCUCGGGAAACGGGCCAACCAGCGCAAAGAGAAGCUGGGCGAAUCCCAUGACCUGCAGCGCUUCCUCAGCGACUUCAGGGACCUCAUGUCUUGGAUCAAUGGGAUCCGAGGCCUCGUGUCCUCCGAUGAGCUGGCCAAGGACGUGACGGGAGCAGAAGCCUUACUGGAGAGACACCAAGAACACCGCACCGAAAUUGACGCCAGAGCUGGCACCUUCCAGGCGUUCGAGCAGUUUGGACAGCAGCUCCUGGCCCGUGGCCAUUACGCCAGCCCUGAGAUCAAGGAGAAGCUGGACAUCCUCGACCAAGAACGGGCGGACUUGGAAAAAGCCUGGGUCCAACGCCGAAUGAUGUUGGACCAGUGCCUGGAAUUGCAGCUUUUCCACAGGGACUGUGAGCAAGCGGAGAACUGGAUGGCCGCACGGGAAGCCUUUUUGAAUACCGAAGAUAAGGGGGACUCCCUGGACAGUGUGGAGGCCCUGAUCAAGAAGCACGAAGACUUCGACAAGGCCAUCAAUGUCCAGGAGGAAAAAAUCGCCGCCCUCCAGGCCUUUGCUGACCAGUUGAUUGCCGCCGAUCAUUAUUCGAAAGGGGUCAUUGCCACCAGACGCCACGAGGUGCUGGACAGGUGGCGUCGGCUGAAAGCUCAGAUGAUCGAAAAGAGGUCUAAGCUCGGAGAAUCCCAAACCCUGCAGCAGUUCAGCCGAGACGUGGACGAAAUAGAGGCCUGGAUCAGUGAGAAGCUCCAGACAGCCAGCGAUGAAUCCUAUAAGGAUCCCACCAAUAUUCAGCUUUCCAAACUCCUGAGUAAGCAUCAGAAGCACCAGGCCUUCGAAGCCGAGCUGCACGCCAACGCGGACCGAAUCCGUGGCGUCAUUGAUGUCGGGAAUUCCCUCAUCGACCGCGGUGCCUGUGCCGGCAGUGAAGAGGCCGUGAAGGCUCGUUUGGCGGCCUUGGCUGACCAGUGGGAGUUCCUGGUGCAGAAAUCGGCCGAGAAAAGCCAGAAGCUGAAGGAAGCCAACAGGCAGCAGAAUUUCAACACGGGAAUCAAGGAUUUCGAUUUCUGGCUUUCCGAGGUGGAAGCUCUCCUCGCAUCGGAAGAUUAUGGGAAAGACCUGGCGUCCAUAAACAACCUCCUGAAAAAGCACCAGUUGCUGGAAGCGGACAUCUCUGCCCAUGAGGAUCGACUGAAGGACCUCAACGGCCAAGCUGAUAGCCUGAUGACCAGCAGUGCUUUUGACACCUCCCAAGUCAAGGACAAGCGCGACACCAUCAACGGGCGUUUCCAACGGAUUAAGAACAUGGCGGCCGGCCGGCGGGCAAAACUGAAUGAAUCUCAUCGUUUGCACCAGUUCUUCCGAGAUAUGGACGACGAGGAAUCUUGGAUCAAGGAGAAGAAGCUGCUGGUUAGCUCGGAUGACUAUGGGAGGGACCUCACUGGGGUGCAGAACCUGAGGAAGAAACACAAGCGCCUGGAAGCAGAACUGGCUGCACACGAACCUGCAAUCCAGGGCGUGCUGGACACAGGCAAGAAGUUGUCCGAUGACAACACAAUUGGAAAAGAGGAAAUCCAGCAGCGAUUGGCUCAGUUUGUGGAACACUGGCAAGAGCUGAAGCGGCUGGCAGCUGCACGGGGUCAGCGUCUGGAGGAGUCUCUCGAAUAUCAACAGUUUGUGGCCAACGUGGAAGAAGAGGAGGCCUGGAUUAACGAGAAGAUGACUCUGGUGGCCAGCGAGGACUAUGGAGACACCCUCGCAGCCAUACAGGGCCUGCUGAAGAAACACGAAGCGUUUGAGUCCGAUUUCACCGUGCACAAGGACCGGGUGAACGACGUCUGUGCAAACGGCGAGGACCUAAUCCAGAAGAACAAUCACCACGAGGAGAACAUCACAGCCAAGAUGAAGAGCCUGAAGGGCAAAGUGUCCGAUCUGGAGAGGGCAGCCUCUCAGAGGAAGGCCAAGUUGGAUGAGAACUCCGCCUUCCUCCAGUUCAACUGGAAAGCAGACGUGGUCGAGUCCUGGAUAGGUGAGAAAGAAAACAGCCUGAAGACGGAUGACUACGGGCGAGACCUCUCCUCCGUUCAGACCCUUCUCACCAAACAGGAAACCUUUGAUGCUGGCCUCCACGCCUUCGCCCAGGAAGGCAUCGCCAACAUCACCACCCUGAAAGACCAGCUGCUGGCUGCCAAGCACAUCCAGUCGAAAGCCAUUGAGGUUCGCCACGCCUCGCUAAUGAAACGCUGGAACCAGCUGCUGGCCAACUCAGCUGCCCGGAAGAAAAAACUCUUGGAGGCCCAAGAACAUUUCAGAAAGGUGGAGGACCUCUUCCUGACCUUCGCCAAGAAAGCCUCGGCCUUUAACAGCUGGUUUGAGAACGCGGAAGAGGACCUGACCGACCCCGUGCGCUGCAACUCACUGGAAGAGAUCAAGGCGCUGCGAGAAGCUCACGACGCCUUCCGGUCCUCGCUCAGCUCGGCCCAGGCCGACUUCAACCAGCUGGCCGAGCUGGACCGCCAGAUCAAGAGCUUCCGUGUGGCCUCCAACCCGUACACCUGGUUCACGAUGGAAGCUCUAGAGGAGACCUGGAGGAACCUGCAGAAAAUCAUCAAGGAACGCGAAUUGGAGCUUCAGAAGGAGCAACGCAGGCAGGAGGAGAACGAUAAACUGCGCCAGGAGUUUGCUCAGCACGCCAACGCUUUCCACCAGUGGAUUCAGGAGACCAGAACCUACCUGCUCGAUGGCAUAGCCUACCGUCGUGUCGUUCGCGUCUAUCAGUAUGAAGUUGGGGAUGAUCUGUCUGGAAGGUCUUGCAUGGUGGAAGAAUCGGGCACUCUGGAGUCUCAGCUGGAAGCAACGAAGCGCAAACACCAGGAGAUCCGAGCCAUGAGAAGCCAGCUGAAGAAAAUCGAAGACCUCGGAGCGGCUAUGGAAGAGGCUCUGAUUUUGGAUAACAAGUACACCGAGCACAGCACGGUGGGGCUGGCCCAGCAAUGGGACCAACUGGAUCAGCUCGGCAUGAGAAUGCAGCACAAUCUGGAGCAGCAGAUACAGGCCAGAAACACCACCGGUGUCACCGAAGAGGCUCUGAAGGAAUUCAGUAUGAUGUUUAAGCACUUCGACAAGGAUAAAUCUGGCCGUCUGAACCACCAAGAAUUUAAAUCCUGCCUGCGCUCCCUGGGUUAUGAUCUCCCCAUGGUGGAGGAAGGAGAACCGGAUCCAGAAUUUGAAGCUAUUCUCGACACCGUGGAUCCAAAUCGGGAUGGACACGUCUCUCUGCAGGAGUACAUGGCCUUCAUGAUCAGCAGAGAGACGGAGAACGUGAAGUCCAGCGAGGAGAUAGAGAGUGCUUUCCGCGCCCUCAGCUCGGAGGGCAAGCCCUACGUGACCAAGGAAGAACUCUACCAGAAUCUGUCCCGGGAACAGGCGGACUACUGCAUCUCGCACAUGAAGCCCUACAUGGACAGCAAAGGUCGAGAACUUCCCUCUGCCUACGACUACGUCGAAUUCACACGCUCCCUCUUUGUGAAUUGAUCGCCAGCGCUCGCCCCCCCCCGCCCCAACCCCCCC